AUGGAUUUAGACGAUCAAUGGUUGGUUAGCCAAUAUGAAUGUUUUGAAAAGGAAAUUGCCGAUUUAUGGCAGCUAUCACAGGACGAAUUAAAAGAUCAUAUUCUUAAAAUUGCUCAAAGUUAUCUUCGUCCAGAAAUAUCCAACGCUUUGUACGCGAAAGCAAUUAAAAAUUGCCAACAACGCAUUGAAAUUGCUGCUAGUACCAACCAACCUAAUCCUCAUGCUCAUUUCCAACUGGGUUAUUAUUAUCAAUUGGGUUGUGGUAAUUUGAAAAUCGAUUUAAACAAAGCAAAGUAUCACUAUGAACAAGCAAUACUCCAUGAUCAUUACGCUGCUAUGUACCAGAUUUGCUCUUUGUAUGGUGAAUUGGAACAUGAAGAAAAUGGCCAUCAUGAUACAAACCCAACUACGCAACAACAGUAUGUCGAAAUGAUCGAUCGUAACAAAUUAAUAUCCAUGAAACUUAAAAUGUAUAUCAGAGCUGCCGCCUACGGCUUACAUGAGAAAGCAAUACGAGAUUUACGCCAUUAUUAUCUACAAUAUCGCGAAUGGAUAAGAGCUAUUGAUCAAUUAAAAGCAGAAUAUGAAGAACAAAUUGAAACUGCAAUAGAUAAAAAUAUCAAUAUCGCUGAAGUAUAUAAUAAUCUCGGUUUUCUGGAAUGCUUUCUCGAAUGGUGUCAAGUAGUAGAAGGCGAUGAAGGCGAUGAACCUCUUGUUGAUUUUCCACAGCAAGCUUACGAUUAUUUUUUAAAAGCAGGCGAACUUGGACUAGCCAGUGGCUAUAUGAAUUUUGCAUUUUAUCGAGGUUACGAUGCUAACUGUGUCGAUCAAGAAACCAAUGGCAUUAAAAAUAAUUUUAUGAUUAUGGCUAAGUAUUACCUUAAAGCUGCACAAAAUGGUUGUGCUAUUUCUUGGCAAAAAUUAUACGAUGUUUUGAAAACUGAAUUUAAAUCUUGUGUUCCUAAACGAAAUCUAUUGAAGUAUGUUCUAAAUGCUCUCAAACACUAUCGAUUUAGUGAUAUGUUAUUGGCUAUGGCUAACAAUUUCAUGACACAAAAUAGCAUAGAAAUGGCAUCUUUCUCACACGCUAUUCAAUACCUAGAAGAAGCAGUUGUCUCUUGUCAUAGCUACUCUACUGAUGAUCUUAGGAAUGAAUUUUUAUACCUUGGUUUCAUGUACGAACAAGGUCUAGGCGUUGAACGAGAUACUAUCAAAGCUGCUCAUUUUUAUGCUUGGUCAAUUACGACACAAUGUGAAUGUACAUUAGCUGUAUGCCGAUUAGCCAAAUUGAUCGAGAAAAAUCAUCUUCCUCCUCCCCAUGAUAUUACACAUGCAAUUAAAUUGUACGAAUCGACCAUGCUUCUUAUUAAACAAGAUGUUACUUCCUAUGCUCAAUAUCGACUUGGUAACUUAUUUCAUAGUGGUCGAUAUGAAAAUCUCGGUAUACUACCUGAUAUGGCUGAAUAUCACUACGAUGGAACCUCAAAUGCUAUGAUUUCCCUGAUAUUAUCUGGUAAAGCUACUGCAGCUCAUAUUUAUCAUUUAGCUAAGAUGCACGCUGUCGGUUGUAUGGUUGAUCCUGCUAUUGAAAAAGCAAUCGAUUUAUACAGUAAUGCUCUAGCAUAUUAUAAAAAUGCUGAUUACCACGAUCGCUUCCAUGCCAUCAAGGCUAAACUACAGCUGCAAAAAAUUAAAAAUAGACACCAACUUAAUUAUAAGGAGCGAAAUAAUCAACUUCAUAUCAAAGAAAUCAAUAGUAAUGGCCAAUUUUCAUCGUCGGAACUAUUUAUGAAUCCAUUAGACCAGGCUUAUUAUGAUAAAGAAGCAGAUCAAUUGCAAAACAAAUUUGUAAAUGCACCUUCAUCAUCCAAAUUAUCCAUCAAUUCUAUUGAUAAAUCGUACUAUUCAGAACAAAUCAACUUGUUACACAGUGAAUUAGAUAGUCUUCAACUACCCUCACCGUCGAAAUUAUUGAUGAAUUGUAUAAAUAUUGCCGAACAGUAUCUAUCACAAAAUGUAGAAUUAAGCUACCGUCAACCAAUCUACAAUAAAAUUAUGGCCGAAUUAAAUGACCAACCUACAGCGAGCACUUUCUAUCACAUUGGUAAUUUAUACUUUCGUGGUCAAGGAUUUCAACAAUUUGAUCUACCAUUAGCUAUGGAAUAUUUAAAGAAAGCCGCUGAUAUGAAUCAUCCAUUAGCAAAAUUAGACAUGCUAUACCUAUAUGGAUGCCAAGAGAAAGGUGAUGAUCCAUCUUUAUCCUAUAAAAUUACAGAUACUGCCGAAGAAUUGGCUAAAAUAGAGUUAACCGUCAUCCUCGAUACAGCUUAUCAAGGUGAUCGAAGGGCACUAACCUAUCUUCAAAAGCGAUUAGAAUUAUUCCACGCCUGGAACAUCGCUGUUGAUAAUCUGAUUAAGCAUCAUAAGAAUGAAUUAGCCUCGCAAGUGAAAAAUUUAAAAUCAACCGAUCUUGCAAGACUAUGCCUGGAAUUAGGAUUUUUAAUUAUGGCUAAAAAUUUAGAAAAAGAUCAACUCAAUGAAAAGAUAAUUACUGAAAUAGAGACCUAUUUUCAAAAGGCUGAAAAUUUGGAUAAUAGCAGAGUUGACUUCUUUAUGGGUUUGUUAUGUGAAUUUACUGCUUAUUCUCAUCCAAAUGCACAAAAUGAUGAACAUUGUGCAAUUAAGUAUUAUGAGCGAGCUUUAAAAGCUGGCAAUAAUCAUUUAUCUCCCACUAUUGCUACUUAUUACUUGCAUGGCCAAUGCAAUAACGACCAUCUGCUUAACCAAAGCGCUCUUGAUCUGCUACAACAGUCACAUCAUAAUGGCUUUGCAGAUGCUACCAGCCAAUUAUCUAUGAUUUACCUUGAUGGAAGAUGCGAUACACAACAAGAUUUCCAACGUUUUACUCAAUUAGCAGAAAUAGCUCUUGCGACAACAUAUUGCAGUGAUAUCGAUAAUACAUUUCUAUAUUAUCAUUUAGCAUUUUACUAUUAUCAUUAUUCGCAUGUAAAUAAUCGAUAUGAGCGUGCUGCUCAUUUUUGUGCGCUGGAUAUGAGUCAGCAACUGGACGAUGGAAGAACUCGAUGUUUGAUGGCGAAGAUGCUUGAAAAGCGACGUCUAUCAUCGAGUAGUUUAACGGAUGCGAUCAAAAUGUAUUUAUCUGCAUUGUAUCUGGACGAUAACCUUACUGGCUAUAUACACUAUCGACUGGGUAAGCUGCGAUCGAAUCUAUCUGAAAUUGAUGUCUAUGAUCUAAAGUUGGCUCAGCAACACUUUCAUCAAGCUCAACAUUACAUGAGAACGACCAAGACAAGCAAUAUUGUGACCAAAUGCCGGGAUAUGUACCAUCUCGGUUUGAUGUUUGAACAUGGCUUUGGUGUUGCUCAAUGUAUUGAAAAGGCUAAAGAAUGGUAUAAAAGAUGCUAUCAGUUGAAGAACAAUUGCCAUACCAUUUUUGGCUGUCAUCAGAUUAAGUAUUAUAUCACAAAAUCAAAGAAAAGAUUGAAUAUUUUAGAGGCUGAUAUAGAAGACUGA